AUGGCGCUCCCAGAAACGAUUUUCGAGUACAAUGCUGCGAUCAGUGCAUCUGGUCGUGAGACCUGUUGGCCCAAUUCUUUGGUACUCUUGGAGCUCUUGGUGCAACAAGGUCUGGUUCCUACAAUCGUGUCCAGGAGCGCUGCAGUGGGUGCCUGCAGCAGAUCUGCCAGGUGGCAGAGAGGCCUUGCAUUGCUUCGAUGCAUCGAAAAUACUUCCAUUCGCCCAAAUGCCGUAGCCUUCAAUGCCGUCAGUAGCAGCUCUGGAAAAGCUGGGAAGUGGCUUUGGAGUUGCCAAAACUUUGAGACCUUGCGCUGGAGGUCCAUCCUGCCAACUCUUCAGAGCUUCGGUGCUGCGCUCUCCGCUGUCUUGGCCUGGACCGCCGCCUUGCAGCUUUACGUGCAGAUUUCACUCAUGCAUUUAGACCCGGACCUGGUUGCCUUGAACGCCCUCUGCGGGGCGGCGGCUGUCUCUGGUCGGUGGCUGCUGACACUGCGACUCAUGCAUGCUGCAGUUCACGCACGCUUGCAGUGUGAUGCCGUGACAGGAACGGCGUUGAUGAGCUCUUGUGAGACCUGCCGAGCUUGGAGAGAAGGGCUUUUGAUGUGGAGAGCAUUGCGGCAGGAUGGCAUGACUGCAAAUCUCAUCCAGCUCAAUUCUGUCAUCAGCAACCUUGGCAAAGGUCGACAUUGGGAGCUUGUUGGAGAUUUGCUGCACACGGAGGGGAUGCAGCCGGAUGAGGUGACAAUCUGCAGCAGCCUCGCAGCAUGCUGCGAUGGUCUUCAGUGGGAGCUCGCUUUGUCCUGCUUUGGCACCGACGUGGUCCACGGUACUGACCCGAAAGCUGCCACAGGGCUACUCGGGGCCUUGCGAGGUGCUCAGCAGUGGCGUCGGGUGCGGCACAUCUUCAUGCAGGUCUCCGUGGACCUCCCUUGCAUCAACGAGGUGGUGGCGACGAGCUCGACCAGUUGGCAAUGGCCAGUGGCCUUGAACGACUUUCUACAGAUCCAGGACAUUCAGCUACAGCCAGAUACGGUGGCUCGGAAUACGCUCCUGGCGGCGUUCUUGCCCAAAGGAUCGUGGCAGCAGAUGAUGCUCCAUUUCGAUGAGAUUGGUGACCUCAAGGGCUUCUGCUGUGCAGCAACCUGCUAUGCGCGUGCAGCGCAGCAAGAGGAGCUGCUAGCACUGCUGAGGCGCUCGACGUCGACGAGGUCGAGGCUGGAUCUGGAUUUGAGUGAGCUAACCCUGGCGGCAUCAAGUGCACAAUUGCCUCCAGACAUCUUGGAGUGCUUGCGACCACCUGUCCUGUCACGGCUCGGAAAAGGAGCAGUCCUUCACGAGGCGAAUCCUAUGAGGCAGAAUCUCACUGUGGGCUUGGUAGGAGCCUUGGGGGAGCUGAUGGAGCGCCAUCCCCGGGCAGCAAGGACGAUGAGUCGAGAAGAGCGAGGACUUUCUCCAACGAAGCCUUAUGCUGGUGGACUGAGAUGA